AUGAACCUAAAUUUCGUCCCUUUUCCUUUACUGCUCGAUCAUAGUGAAGAUCAAGCUGAUGAAACAUCUUCGUUCUCAUGUCAUAAUUUCUUAGAUGAAUCCCGUAGUCGAAUAUACCAACACCAGCAGCAUCAAGAGGAUGAGGGUUGUGUUAGUUAUCCCGGUGGUUCGAACGAGAUAACGAAAAUGGAGGAAGACGGACUCAAACUUUCUCUGGUGUGGAAGAGAGAUCAAGAUCAUGGCGAAAGCCCAUGGGAGAAUAAUCCAGUCCAAUGGAUGUCUUCGAAGACGAGGUUGAUGGAGGAUACAAAAUAUUCCGAUCAUGGGAGUCGGAAAAUAGCUGGCAAUUGUAUGAUGAAGCUAGAAGAUCACAUGAGGCAAUAUUCCUCUUCUUCGGAAAUUGAAUUAAGCAGCAACACUUCCUCAUACAACAACAAUAUCGAUAAUAGCCCAAUUAGGGUUUGUGCUGAUUGUAACACAACUAAGACCCCUCUUUGGAGAAGUGGUCCAAAAGGCCCCAAGUCACUAUGCAAUGCCUGUGGAAUUAGGCAAAGAAAGGCGAGACAAGCCAUGGCUAUAGCUGUGGCUGCCACAGACGGAACACCUCUUAGGACUGAAACACCAGCAACGAAAAUCAAAGUGCAUCAAAAAGAAAAGAGAGGCAAAAAAGGCAAUACUUUAAAGCACAAGAAACUAUUCAAAACGGCCGCUGGAGCAUCAAAUGGAGAGAAGAAGCAGCUUGAUUUUGAAGAGUUUUUAAUAAAUUUGCAUAAGGAUUUGGCCUUUCACAGGGUGUUUCCACAGGAUGAGAAGGAAGCUGCCAUCCUUCUUAUGGCCAUAUCUUCUGGUCUUGUUCAUAGUUAA